AUGGACGAUCCAAAUAGGAUGAUGGCGCAUAGCGGCGGGCUUAUGGGGCCGCAGGGCUACGGCCUGCCUGGCGGCGAGGGAACUCCGUCCGCAGGCGAAGGCGAAGCCCGCAAGCAAGACAUUGGAGAAAUAUUGCAACAGAUCAUGAAUAUUACAGAUCAGAGUCUCGAUGAAGCGCAAGCGAGAAAACACACUCUCAACUGUCACAGAAUGAAGCCUGCCCUAUUUUCAGUGUUGUGUGAAAUCAAAGAGAAAACAGUGCUGUCCCUCCGCAACACGCAAGAGGAGGAGCCCCCAGAUCCUCAGCUGAUGCGCUUGGACAAUAUGCUCAUAGCCGAGGGGGUUGCUGGCCCUGAAAAGGGUGGUGGUGCGGGCGCUGCAGCUUCGGCCUCAGCUGCUGCUGGUGAAUGGGACAAUGCGAUCGAGCACUCUGACUACCGUGCGAAGCUGGCACAGAUCCGCCAGAUCUACCACCAGGAGCUGGACAAGUAUGAGAAUGCUUGCAAUGAGUUCACCACCCAUGUGAUGAACUUACUGCGCGAGCAGAGCCGCACCAGACCUAUUACGCCUAAGGAAAUUGAGCGCAUGGUGCAGAUCAUCCACAAGAAGUUCAGCUCCAUCCAGAUGCAACUGAAGCAGUCCACCUGUGAGGCCGUGAUGAUACUGCGCUCACGUUUCCUGGACGCGCGUCGCAAGCGCCGCAACUUCAGCAAGCAAGCGUCGGAGAUCCUCAACGAGUAUUUCUACUCGCACCUGUCCAACCCUUACCCCAGCGAGGAGGCGAAAGAGGAGCUGGCGCGGAAGUGCGGCAUUACCGUGUCCCAGGUGUCGAAUUGGUUCGGUAACAAGCGCAUUCGUUACAAGAAGAAUAUCGGCAAGGCGCAGGAGGAGGCUAACUUGUACGCCGCUAAGAAAGCUGCCGACUUGCCUUGGGUUGGCGCGGGGCGCGAUGCUAGCUCACCGCCCGCCAGAGCUUCGGCAUAUUACACUGCAGGCGCGUCGCCGUACUCGAUGGGCGCGGCGUCCGGCACGGCCACGCCGAUGAUGUCGCCGGCGCCGACGCAGGACUCCAUGGGCUACUCGCUGCCAGCGCCGGGCUACGACCAGCCGCAACCCAGCUACGACGGCUCCAUGGGCUACGACCCCAUGCACCAGGACCUGUCGCCGUAG